AACAACUCAAGAAGCCGUUCAAAUUGGUGUUCAGCGGAGGCGGAAUAAGAAAUUGGCGGCUGAUAGGCAAAACCCUUUUUCAAUUUGGCCGUUUCCACUCUUAAACCCUCCUCCCAUAUUCUCACCUGCAGCUCCGCUCCGCCGUACAAUGGCGUUAAAAACCAAAUUCGUCUUCGAGCCGCCGAGCGACGAGGAAAUCGAAUACGAAUCCGCAAGUGAAUCCGAAGAAGAGCGAGAUGAAGAGGCGGAGGACUCCGAAAUCAAAGAAGUGAAAGUGCCGAAAAAGAAGAAAACACAGUCGCCGUGGGACUUCUCUGCCUACUCGGAAUCGGUCGCCGACGAACACUCGCGGCGGAGCACCACUUCGAUUGACCAAAAAAUAACCAACGCUCUCGAGCGUCGCCCUAUUCCCGCCGCCGCCGCCGAAGAUGACGACUCUGAGGAAAACUCCGAUGUCGAGCCCCACCACCAAGAGGAUUUUAGGCCGGAAGAAGAGGAGGAGGAGGAUGAUGACGUGGCAACUACGAGUGGGAAUGAUGCGGACUCAUUUUUUGCACCGGCUGAAGGUGUAUCGUUCCACGCAAACUCGUUUCUAGAACUGCAUCUUUCUAGGCCAUUGGUUCGGGCAUGUGAAGCUUUGGGCUAUAGUAAACCCACACCCAUUCAGGCUUCUUGUAUACCAUUGGCGUUAGCUGGACGUGAUAUAUGUGGGAGUGCUAUAACUGGUUCUGGAAAGACAGCUGCCUUUGCUCUACCAACAUUGGAGAGGCUAUUGUACCGGCCGAAGAAUAGGCCAGCUAUUAGGGUUCUUAUCCUGACCCCAACAAGGGAGUUGGCAGUUCAGAUUCAUAGUAUGAUUGGAAAACUGUCUCAGUUUAUGUCUGAUAUCAGAUGUUGUCUGGUGGUUGGUGGUCUUUCAACAAAGGUGCAAGAAGCAGCCCUGAGAACACUGCCGGAUAUAGUUGUUGCAACUCCAGGACGUAUGAUUGAUCACUUAAGAAACUCUAUGUCUGUGCAUCUAGAUGAGCUCGCAGUUCUGAUACUUGAUGAAGCCGAUCGGCUUCUUGAGCUUGGGUUUAGCGCUGAAAUUCAUGAAUUGGUUAAGAUGUGUCCUAAAAGGAGGCAGACCAUGCUAUUUUCAGCAACCAUGACUGAAAAAAUUCAAGAGCUUAUCAAGUUCUCUAUGAACAAACCAUCAAGUAUAGAAGCUGACCCAUUUACAAAACGGCCAGCAGCACUAACUGAAGAGGUGGUUCGUAUACGUCGAACUCGUGAAGGAAAUCAUGAAGCAGUUCUUUUUGCUUUGUGCUCCAAGACCUUUACAUCGAAAGUGAUUAUUUUCAGUGGAACCAAGAAGGCAGCCCAUAGAUUGAAAAUUUUAUUUGGGUUAGCUGGCUUUAAAGCAGCUGAGCUUCACGGAGACCUCACCCAGGCCCAGCGUCUAGAUGCCCUGGAAAUUUUCAGGAGGCAGGAAGUGGAUUUUCUGAUUGCAACUGAUGUUGCUGCUCGUGGUCUUGAUAUUAUCGGUGUUCAGACAGUUAUUAAUUUUGAAUGUCCACGAGACCUUACAAGCUAUGUUCAUCGAGUGGGUCGCACUGCAAGAGCUGGCAGAGAAGGAUAUGCUGUUACCUUUGUUACGGACGAGGAUCGAUCUCUCCUAAAAGCUAUUAUUAAAAGAGCUGGUUCGAGACUGAAGAGCCGAAUUGUAUCUGAGACAUCAAUAAAGAAAUGGUCUCAAAUGAUUGAGCAAAUGGAAGAUCGAGUGUCCUCGAUUUUUCAAGAAGAAAGAGAAGAAAUGGCACUAAGAAAAGCUGAAAUGGAGGCAACAAAGGCGGAAAACAUGAUUGCAUACAAGGACAGAAUUUAUUCACGUCCUAAAAGAACUUGGUUUGUUACAGAGAAAGAAAAAAAUCUUGUAGCUAAGGCAGCAAAGGAUGCAAUGGGGAUAAAUAAAGGUUCUGGCCAUGAGGCAAUCAGUGCUGAACAAGCAGAAACUUUGAAGAUGAAAGAAAAGAGAAAGCGAGAGCGCGAGAAAAAUUUGCCUAGGAAAAAACGAAGGAAAUUGGAGGCGGCUAGAGAGAUGUUGGAGGAUCAAGAGGAAGCCAAGGGACAAGAGAAAAAUAAGAAAGAUAAGAAAGAGAAAACGGGAAUUUCUCUUGUUGAUGUGGCAUAUCGUAGAGCAAAAGCAGUGAAGGCUGCAAACAAGGCCGUUGAUGCUGGCAGAAUUGUGAAGAAGGCGGUUAAGAAACCGAAGCAUCCUAGCCAAGCAACUAAAUCAAGAACAGAAGAGAUGCAAGAACUUUUCCAGGGUGACAUGAGCGAGAAAAAGCAGAAAAGAACUCUUGCAGGUGGUGUAAAGAAGAAGUCCUCUUUCAAGAGCAAGUCACGGUACAAACGGAAGUGAGUUUCGAGUGUUGUUUCACUCCCCAAUACAUAUCGGAGGACUUGGAUUGCCUUCCAUGAUAUGAUGCCCACUAAUUAUAUGCCAGUUCGAUGAGUUAAAUCCACCCCCUCCACAAGAUAUAGAAAUGAAGUUUUGUUUACGAUUUGGUUAAAACCACAAGCCUUUUUUUUGUGAUCCUCAACACCUGAUAAUUAUUUUCUUGUAAUCUUAUUAACAUCUAUGUUGUUACUGGAACUUUAUAACUUAUUUUAACGUUGGAUCUUGGUUCAUUUAU